GCGUUACGAUUGGUUUCAUUCGAAGCAAUUGUCCAGAACGGAUAUAAAAAGUGGUACCUCCCCGUGGCAACGGCCGUUUGUGGCGGUUCACUCAUGUUCUUCACAUUGGAGUUUCUACUACGACGAAUUCGUGUAUGUCUUGAGUCCAGGUCACGUAAUCGAAAUUCCGUCACCGGUACGAAUUUGGCUGCUGUGACGAACGGUUGUUGCAUUUCCGUCUUGCCGGACCGACGAAACUGUGCCGAUUUUCCUUACCGACUACGCGAGCCGGUGGCCUACGGGGACCAAGGGGCGGAGAACUCUUUGAGUUGCAUUCGACUAAAUGAUCAGGAAUCCUACAAACCGACCACAUUGCUCAACAAACCAACAGACAAUGAAGAACAUCGUACAACUUCCGGUUGCUGUGGUUCACAGAGUGCAUGCUGUCGUAACCGGACCGUGGAUACCUUAACCCCAUCAGAACCACCAAUCACAUUUUCCACACCAAAUUUGUGCGCCAAAUUGGGCAGUUUGGAACCGGUCGUGUGGAUGAUUGUGAUCGGAGACGGAGUGCACAAUUUCAUGGACGGUCUUUCACUCGGUGCCGGGUUUCGUCAAAGCCUCAGUCUCGGAUUGAGUUUAACGUUGACCGUCUGUUGUGAAGAAUUGCCACAUGAGUUGGAUUCCCCCAAACGCCCAUGGGUAGCCAUUCUGGAAGAGGAUAUUCUGGUUCUCCUAGUUCUGCUGGCCAAGCAUUAUAAGAUUCUUCUUCAUAGUGAAUGGUACAAAAGUACGGAAACGAAUAUUCUGCCCAUUUAA